UAAUCACAGAAGUUCCCAUCCAACAUAGAUACAUACGAGUCUGUGUAAACUUGUGUUCAAAUUAAAUGUUAAAGAAAGUAUUUGCUGAUUAAAUUUUAUUAAACAAAACCCGACAAAUUCAUUGAAAUAUUAGUGGCACUAGGAAACUCGAAGCAAUCAGAAAAGAGCGGAAAGGGAGAUGCCGAAGAUGGCGAAAUCUAUCGCCUUUGGAAUCUUCUUAGUGAUUCUGACAAGCCUUUGUUUGCCGUCCUCAGCCGAUGACAGCGCAUAUGUGAUCAAAUCGGAAAAACUCCCCACCGAUCUCAAUUUCAUGCCCACAUUGGGCAAUGGUCACUUGGGCUAUACAAUUUUCGGCGACGCGAUCUUCAUGAAUGGCGUAUAUAAUGGCGUCGGAGGCAAUAGUCGCCGUGCGCGUUUACCGAAUUGGCUGAAUUUGAGUGUGGCCAGCAUUCAGUAUGAGGAAUGGGCGCUCUCCAUCAUACCGGACGCGUAUGAGCUGCGGCUGAAAGACGGUUAUUUCCGUUGGUUAUUUGCUUAUGAGGCCAAUGGUCUGCAGCUGCAAUUAGAACAACGCUCAUAUCCACAUCGCUACUAUAAUCGCGCAUUGAUCUAUGAACUUUUCGUGCGUUGCACUGGCGCUUUUGAUCCAUUGCUUAUCAAUUUGACCCAAAAGGCCGGAAGUAAAAGUGAAGCUUUUGACUUUGCCUCCUCAUCAACCGACUCGAAUCAUACUAAGCGCUAUAAAACGCUGCAUGGUGCAACGCGCCAGCGGGAGCAGCCAGAUUUACAGCCGAAAUCGCGUGAGAUUUUCGUGCUAUUUAGUGAUGAUUGGGAAAAUGAGUACACCAUCGAAGUGCCCGCUGGUGAACAAGAGUUUUAUUAUCGUUUUGUGAUUACGGCGGACGAAAAUGAGGAGGUUGCUUGGCAGGAAAUGGACGAAGUUCUGAAGCACGCACCGGAGUCUCUCUUCAAAAAGCAUACCGAAGAAUGGCAUAAAUUCUGGCAAGAUUUCAAUAUAGAGAUCGAGGGAAAUUUGGAAAUGUCCCGCAUCAUUAACGCUGGCGCGUUCUAUUUAGCCAACUCUCUGCCCUCUUUGCGCACAAAUCGACCGAAUAACCCUUAUUACGGAUUAAGCCCGACGGGCUUAGGGCGUGGCGAGCUUGAUGCUGACUAUGAGGGACACAACUUUUGGGAUACAGAAAUCUGGAUGUUACCAGCAGUCGCACAAUUUAAUGCAGACUGGGCAGAUCAGCUCUUCCACUAUCGCUUUGCGCAUUUGGCUGGCGCACGAUUCAACGCCAAUAUGACUGGUUAUCGAGGAGCGCGCUUCCCCUGGGAGAGCGCCUAUACUGGUACUGAAGUUAUCAAUCCAUGUUGCCCUGAGAUUGCUGCGCAAGAAAUUCAUAUCUCACCCGACAUAGUACUAUCACUGCAGCAACACUACCCUGCUACACACAAUACAGAGUGGCUGUGUAGCAUUGCUUGGCCAAUAGCCAAAGAAGUGGCUGAGUUUCUGGUUAGUCGUGUGCAAGAUGACGGCCAAAAGUAUCACUUGAAAGAUGUCAUGGGCCCGGAUGAAGAUCAUGCCAAUGUAACGGACAAUGUUUACACAAAUGUGGUUGUUAAGAAAGCGCUACAGUUCGCAAGCUUUACACGGGCUAUAUGUGCGUCUGCCAACGAUCUUCCCGAUGUUUGGAUCGAUAUUGUUCAACGUAUGCAUAUUUUAUACGAUGAAAACCUAGACUACCAUCCGCAGCAUUUGGGCUACAAACGUGGGGAGACGGUGAAACAAGCUGAUGUGAUUCUGCUUGGUUACCCCGUACAGUAUGCCAUGUCUAACACGACGCGCCUGAAUGAUCUCAAGAACUAUGAGACUGUGACCCGCGAGUCAGGUCCUGCUAUGUCUUGGUCCAUGUUUGCAAUUAACUUCUUGGACGUAAACGAGAUGGAAAAGGCUAACUUAUAUUUCCAGAGGGGCUACAGAGAUUACGUACGACCGGAAUUCAAGGUUUGGAGUGAGAACAAAGUGGGCUAUGAAGGCUCCGCCAAUUUCCUCACGGGCAUUGGUGGAUUUCUGCAAGCCAUUAUCAACGGUUAUGGUGGUAUACGGUUUCAUUUGGAUGGACAGCGGUCUUUGAUGGUGAUUCAGAAAACUCAUUUUCUACCCACUACCAUGGGCUACUCGAUAAAUGGUAUAAAAUUUGCAAAAUCGAAAUUUUCCCUGGCGAUUCAUAAAAAUGGCACGACACUUAAGUGUUUGGAAAAAGGCGAUUUAGACAUUGAAUUAUCGCUCAACUCACAAAAGUAUGCAAUAGAUGCUGAUUCAUCAUUCGAUUUAGAUGGAAAUGUCGCAUUUCUGCGCACCAUUUAAAUAAAUAAUAAUGAUAUUUACUUGUAAAUCAUAUUUAUUGUGGACAU